CCGUUGAGUACCGAGAUUUGACGGAUUGGCGGUUCGCGAGACGGCUUAUCUUCGCGGUAAAUAACACAUUCGUGUUUUCACACGCACCGGUGUUCCGACGAUAUAUAUACACCCGAAAGUUUCAUUAGUCACACGAUCGCGAUUCCGCGCGUUUUAUCGCUAUUGUAAGUCAACAGAACGAAUAAACAAUUUUACGCCUUGACACCGCCGGUAAACAUGGCGCGAAGCACCGCCGAUGAACUCCUGGAGCUCGAAAGGAAGCAGAGGACAAUCGACAGGGCGCCUUUUCGAAACCUGGCCAUUAAAGAUGCUACGGUACUGGACACGAUUGAGGGUCGAAUGCCCUGCGAGAGAUGUUACGCCUCGCGAAAGUACUUUUGUUAUAACUGCUUUUUGCCCGUUAUCGAUCAAAUAUACUUUCCACGAGUGAAGUUACCUAUCAAAAUUGACAUAGUUAAGCACCGUCGGGAAACAGCCGGCAAGAGCACAGCUGUUCACGCUGUGAUACUCGCACCAGAGGAUGUGAAGAUCUAUACGUAUCCGAAGUUUCCUGAGAUAGACAGAGAGGAAACAGUUUUAAUUUUCCCUAGCGAAAGUGCCAUAAGAGUGGAGGAUCUUUUUAAGGAGGUGAAAGAUGAAGAAGGUCAGGAUUCUACCAUUUUAAGGAGAAUCAAAUCUGAACUUCCUGUGAAAAGGGCUAUUUUUAUCGACAGUACAUGGCAGCAAACUAAAGAGAUAUAUAAGGAUGUUAGAUUCCGUGGAUUACGUUGUGUGAUUUUAAAGUCAAGGAUCUCUCAGUUCUGGCGGAAUCAAAAGAAAUGUCCAAGAUGGUACUUGGCGACAAUUGAAGCGAUUCACCAAUUUCUAGUGGAACUGCACACAUGUGCCUUUGGUGCUAUAGAAAAUUAUACUGAUUUAGAUGAUCCCGUGGUAAAUAGAGAACAGAACUAUGUGAUGCUUAACGAAGAAUCUUCAGAUAUGUAUUUGGCAACAGAACUGAGAUAUAAUGGACAAUACGAUAAUCUUUUGUACUUCUUUAAAUAUAUGUAUGAGAAGAUUCAUACUUUAUAUGAUCAUGACAAAUUAUUAGCUUACAAAAGGCCACUUUUGUAACACUACUUAAUUAUUCUUAUAUAAUAUUGUAUAACAAAAUUAAUUUGUGAUAAAACUGAUGCAUCGUUUUAUACAAAGACUGGUACUUAUUUCUCUCCUGUAAUCGAACAUCAAAAAUGAAGUCUAUUCCUCAUGUUGAAAAGUAAAUCCUUGAGAGGAUAACUACAAAGUUAGGGAACUGUCAUACCGUCGUUUACAAUUACACCAGUGGUCUAUUCUUUAUAUGUAUUUUGUCAUGUUCUAACUUAUUGCACCAGUUCAGCAGUGCUGCUAUAAAGAACGGACGAAUGAUUGAAUUGUUCUAACUUUCAUAUUCGUAUUGUAAGCAUGAAAAUAUUCGAUAGAAUGAUGCAUUAUCAACCGUCGUCCCGACAAGAAAAACUUCGCCGUUAU